AUGGAGAUGCCGGUGACAGGGAAGCUGACGAUGGUGUUGACGAUGACGGUGCUGAGCGAGAGUAUGGCCUUCAAUGCUCCAACUCUCAGGGUUCCUCGAUCUUGUCAGAGUCGUUUCACUCAUACCUCACUCAACAAAGCAGCAUUGGACACUCGUUGUAGAUCCUCGCCAACUCUCUGGAUGGCUGACAGAUCUAGCGUUAUUGGCUUCGAGAAGGGCGACAUAGUUGUUGUGAGCUCGGAUGUUUCCGUGAAUGGAAUGAACGUCAAAGGAACCAAAGGGCGUGUAACCUCGGUAUGGGAGAAGUGCGGAGAAGACCCUAUAUGUUGUUGCGCGGAGAACAGCAUGGAAGAAGCUAGCGUUGAGGCAAGCAACGACGUGCAGCUGUUCACUGAACGACCUGGGGCUGCGACAGCUACAGGGUACUUUGCAGAAGAGGAAUUGACAUACAUAUCUUCCGGUACCAUGGAGCAAAACCUUGAAGUGAGUGAAUGA